GAUAACAUAUUUAGCCAAUAAAAAGAAAGUGCGCCAGUUUUUAAUUUUUGGGUUGUCUUGGUCGUUAAAUUGACAAACAGACACAGUUUGUGUCUGUUUGUUUGCUUGAUCUGCCGGCUCUAUGGAUUCACUGGAGAGAAAACUUUUGACUAAAGUUUAUGUCAGAGAAACUAAAAAAUCAUCUUUAAAAUUAAUCAAAUGGUUGCAAAUGAUUGGCUUGUUAAAACGCAAAAUUAAAUGCAAAAACUGCGGGCAUAAAAUGAACAUGGUUCCCUCCCAGACCAAGGACUGUUACAUCUGGGAGUGUCGACGUAAAAGAUGUGGGCGGUUGAAAAGAAGUGUCAGGUCAAAGUCACUCUUUUCACAAUCACACUGCAGUCUAUUCACAUGGAUGAAGUAUAUUCACAGAUUUGCACAGGGUUUACAUCUACGGCAAGUAGACAUGCUUCAAGAAGGCAUUGCAAAGAGCACAGCAACACUUUCUAUGAUGUCAACGAAACUCAGAAGAAUUUGUGUAAAAAGCCUGGAAAAGCACCGAAAGAAAAAAAGGCAGAAAGUUGGUGGAGUUAAUGUCGUUGUUAACAUUGAUGAGAGCAAGUUCUGCCAUAAACGCAAGUAUGCAAGAGGACGCUUCGGUAACACCUGGAAGAGAAAGCGAACGUGGGUGUUUGGUAUACUUGAGAUCAAAGCGGCAAGCAGACGUCCAAUUCUUCGCCUUGUGAAGAAAAGAAACAAGCAGACCCUUGUUCCAAUAAUCAAAAAACAUGUCAAAAGAGAAAGUUUAGUUGUGAGUGAUGAGUGGAGAGCAUACGCCAGCCUUUCCCAGGAGGGCUACAAGCAUGUCAGAGUAAACCACAGCCAGAACUAUGUCGAUCCACAAACAGGACUACACACUCAAAACAUUGAGAGAGCAUGGCAGACGUACAAAAGGGAAAUAUGGCGUAUGCGGGGGAAUCGGUCUGAGAAGGCCUUAAAAAAACAACUCUGCUUUAUUGAGUGGACUUACUGGUUGGCCAGAAGACAUAAACAUGGUGUACUUGGAAGACUUCUCAAGGACAUAAGGAAUGGUAACCACAGUUUAAGAUCUUUCUGUAAAUGUUGAUGAUGCAUUAACUCGAUUAGCAUACCCACUGUCAUGAAAGGCAGAAUUAAUUAAUUAUUAUUAUUAUUAUUUUAUUUUUUUUCCCUUGGUGUUGUUGGCCCAGUUUGUUUUCCCCUACACAAACCUUCAAUAACACUGCAUAGUAAAGACUUUGAUUAAUUGUAGUGCUGGCCAUGCAAUGCAGCAUGUUUGUUUUGUUGUUGUUUUUGUUUUUCAUGUAAAGU